UUUGCUCCGGGUUUCCCAACUCCGUGGUGUCUUUAAAAUAGGUCUGAAAUAGUCAGGGGGCAGUGGAUUUGUGAACUGUUUACUCUGACCCGGGCUUCUCAUUCACAAGGUGGUCUUUAAGACAGUCUAGUGCAAAAGCAUGGCGCUGCUCGUGGACAAAUGGAUUGCAGAAAACAAAUCAGACUUCAAUCCUCCCGUUUGCAACAAAUUGAUGCACGCUGGCCAGCUAAAGGUUAUGUUUGUUGGAGGACCCAAUGAAAGAAAAGAUUAUCAUAUUGAAGAAGGAGAAGAGUUGUUUUACCAGUGGAAAGGUGACAUGUGCUUGAAGAUCGUAGAGAAAGGAAAACACAAAGAUGUGCACAUUCGAGAAGGAGAGAUGUUCUUGUUGCCAGCUCGAGUACCUCAUUCUCCACAGCGUCAGGCAAAUACUGUUGGGCUGGUUUUUGAGAGGACUAGGCUGGAAACAGAGCUGGAUGCACUCAGAUAUUAUGUAGGGGAUUCCACCGAUGUGCUGUUUGAGAAAUGGUUCUACUGUUCGGACCUGGGCACUCAGCUUGCACCAAUCAUAAAGGAAUAUUUCAACUCUGAAGAACAUAAAACCGGGAAACCCAAUCCAGACAAUUUAAGGAAAGAACUUCCAUUUUGCAUAAAUACUGUCAGUACUGUUAUGAAGCCCUUUAUCUUAAAAGACUGGCUCCAUAGCCACAGUAAGGAUAUUAAAAUGAAGCCGCUUGUGGAUAUGUUUGGUGACCACUUUGAAACUCAGACCAUAGUGUAUGGGACUGGAAAGGGUGAAGGCAAAGUGAGUGCAGACAUUUGGCUAUGGCAGUUGGAGGGUACAUCCAGGGUGGUAAUGGAUGGCAAAACUAUCAGCCUAACAGCCGGAGACAGCCUUCUCAUCCCUUUAAACACAAAGUACACAUGGAAAAGGGAUGAAGGAACUAUCGCACUUUGUGUCAUUCAAGAUGCAGGAAGAAAAAGAUCAUAUGAGAAAUAAGAUCUAAAAGCAAUGAAUAUUUUAAUUUUACUCGAAUAAUUUUAACUUAAUUCUCAAUAUUGCAAUCAUAGAUUUUGUAUCAGUAAUUAAUAUCCAAAGGUUCCUAUAAAAGACUGAAAACAAUAACAUUAUUCUGUCAAUCAUGACGUGAACAGAACUAUAACAAUGAUUCAGACAUGCAUCAUCAUGAAUUUGUAACCAAAUAUAUUCCAAUUAUUGAAAAUCAUUGCUUUGGUACUAUAACAUUGUGCUAUUUAAUUUAGUAUUUUAAUAGUAAGAUUAAACGAGAACUUAAAAGUUUGAA